AUACAUUUUGAUUUCUUGGGGUUCAGUUGGUUUUGGGAAGAAUUUGUUAAUACCUAGUUUUUUGCUUUGAAUCUUGUUUUUUUUUUUUUUCAAAAUUGAUUUUCUGUUUAGAUGAAUGACAAUAAUGAAUUAUGCAUUUGAUUUUUGAUUACUUGGGGCUCAGUUGGUUUUGGGAAGCAUUUAUUAAUGCCUAAAAUUUUCUGCUGGGAAUUUCAAAAAUAAAGUUUAUUUGUAACAUUUUCAAUGUGCAAUGCAUUUUGAGAGUUGAAAUUAUUCUUGAAUUUUUUGAAUUAUUCGUCAUUUUAUCUCAGUAUGGGUUGAUAGAUGAAAUCUAAUUGCUUCAUUUUCAUCGGAUGGUUGUUCACGACUAGAGAAUGUUUUAAACUUGAUUCUCCGAUUUGAACGAAAAACUAGGUUAAUUGAAAGAGCAAGUUUUGAAACCUCCACAGCCGAUAUUUCAGGUGCUGAAAUUCAUUUUUGCAUCUUCGGUAAAUUUGAAGAAAAUGGAACUGCCAUGGAUGAUUUUCAAACAUUUUCACGAAUACAAUUUUUCUGAGCAAAGAGCGCUAACUACAGACUGGAUUUGGUUCAUAUUCUUCACGCUAGAAGUGCGAACUACUGACUAAAUCUACAGGAAUUGCAGAGGAGGACGGAAUUUAUGACUUCUACAAGACCGGCAGGGAUUAUUCGCGGAUUGUGCCUAAAAAUUAUGGAAUACCUUUCAAGAUUUGAUUCAAUAUUUCGUGCAUUUUAUCAGAUGGAAAAGUGUUCAGCCAUCAAAAUGCAAUUGGCAAUGUUGAUCGUGAUGUUGUUCCUGUUUGCCAUCAGGGAAACAUCUGGAUUGGAAAUGAGUGUAAGUAAUGGAAGUCAGGUGGUAUUGGAAUGUGGUCAAGAAAAAACCAUUGUCUGUGAAGACCAGAACCAUGCUGUGGAAUGGAGAAAACUAAAUUCUAUCCUAGGUGUCUUUGAGGUGGGCUACUCUCCACAUAAAGCGAUUCUUAUUUUAAAUGGAUACCCGCAUGAAAUUGGCAAUUACACCUGUGCCUGUGUCAGAGAGGAGGAGGAGGAGGACCAUCAUUUCAUGAUCAUUCGUGUUAGUUUUAAUAUAGCCAGUGUGGAUGACUGCUUUGUACCUGAAAAUGAGUCCAACGAUGAUGAUGAAGAAGAAGAACAAGAGGAGGAAACGAAAGAUAAAGAACAAAAAAAAAAGAAGAAAACGAAAAAAACUAAGAAAAAUAAAAAGAAAAAAGAAAAGAAACAAAAAACUAACCAAAAAGAAUCGAAGGUGAAGGUGAAGAUUUUUUCGAACAGUGGUUGCUCACGGUUUUCAGCCCAGAUCAGUUUCAGCUUACAUGCUAUUCUGGUUUCUUUUUCUGCAAUUCUCUGUUUGUGUACUAAUGCAAGUACUUUGCUCAACUUCUAGGUUGUCGUAUCUGAUUUUUUCAUCAAUUUUUUAAAUUUUACUUUCGUAUUUUUGUUAUGAUGAACAGAUGUUUUUGUUUUUACAUAUAUUUUCUCAACUUCUAAAUAUAGGGCCUACGUUUUCUCAUUGAUUUUUUUAUCAUUGUGAUUUUAAUUUCGUGUUUUUGUUAUUAAUAAGAUGUUUUGAGUUUGACCAUGUCGUUCAUAGUUUGUAAAUGUACUCGUACAUAUUUCUUUUUUAUUAUUAACUUUUUUGUAUUCGAUUUUUUAUUGGUAUUCAAAUGUUCUCUGUUGUCAUGUAAGUUUCAGAGUGAAUUGUUGGUGAACCUUUUUAUUUGUUUACCUACAUAAAUGAAUGUACUUACCUAUUUACCAUGACAUUUUGAGUUUUACUCUUUGAAAUUGUUCCCAAUUGAAUUUUCUAUGUGAUCGAUUAGAAUUAACUACCUACUUAUACAAAUAUAUUCUGUAAGUAGGGAUUUUGUUUUUUU